UUUAGGCUAUUAUAACAACUACUACAAAUGAAAUAAUCUGUUGGUAAUCAACAAGGGAUUGUUGUAUUAUGCAAAUAGGGAAUAAUUGAGUACUUAUGCUAUAUAUAUAUGUAGAUUGUAGACACUGGCAAAAUUAUCCAAACUUGUUCAAUAUCAAUGGCUAUUUCGAAAUCAUUAUUGGUGAGCAUUUUGGUGGUAUGUUGGUUAGCAUUUGAAGUGAGCGGCGGCAGAGAGCCUUUGCCGUGCAUUCAGAAGCUCUUGCCGUGUGAGGCGUAUCUGAAGGGAUCGGCAUCGCCUCCACCAGCAUGCUGCAUGCCGUUGAGAGAGAUGGGCAACAACGACGUCCCGUGCCUCUGCGAUGUCUUCAACAAUCAGCCCUUCUUGAAAACUCUCAACGUCACGCAGCCAGAAGCUCUCAAUCUUGCUAAAACUUGUGAGGCUGCUGGACCUUCUGGUUCACCAUCUAUUCCAGCUGCACCUUCUUCAAAUAGUUCGGAAACGAGCGAGGCGCUGAAGAAGAGCACCGUGUCUCUUGUUGGAGUCUGUCUGUUUCCGGCCGUCGUUUUCAGUAUUAUAGUUUCACUAUUUUAGAGAUAUACUAUGUUUUAAAAUGGAGAAAAUUGGUUACUUCUUUCAUGUGGUUGAAACAUUUCUCUUUUCAAAUGAAUUCAUUCGCUCUCUCAA